AUGUCCCAUGUUGUCUGUCCCGGGUCCCGUCCCUUUCCUGCCACACGCUCGCACAAGACAUCCGUAUCUAGUGACUUUGCCUACAAUCUGUGGAUGACCGGUACAUGCGCUACUGGGCCUAGGCUGGGAACUAGGUACUUGACUUUCCUUGGUAGUGAGACCUCCGUUUUUUUUGUGGUUUUACUGCUUCGGCUUCCAAUCUAUCACUUCGUACCUCACCUUACCUUUCUACCUGGACCCCCGGCCCCGACCUUCUUGCCGUCCUCUUCUUACUUGUUAUUAUCAUCCUUCUUCUUCCAUCACUCUGGACUAGUGGUGUUGCUGUUGUUGUAUGUGUACAUGUAUGCGUGCGUGUGCCAAAUACCCAAGCAACAUCCCGUACAAUACAAUACAAUUCCAACACCGCCGGCCACACUCUUCUUUCUCGCACCCAUCCAUCCUUCCCACCACGGCCAUCCCACCGAAUCACGGAGCCCCAUUGACCUCACCACCCACGAGCCCUUCAUUUACACGGACAAUCUGAAGUACACGUCGGCCCAGGGUCACCUCUUCCACCUUACCUUAUACCUACCUCCCAUUUCCACCGAAUUUAAUCCACCGACCCAUUCACCCCUCCGACUUAUUCGUACCUUGUGUUCUCCUGCUCCUACUUCUUUCUACUUUGCUCCUGCAAUCGAAUCAGCACCUCAACGGUCGACGAACACGAUUCACGCCCUCCUCGAUUCUUGGAUCACGAGCACGAACAUCUUGGAUCGAGACUGCGGCUGGACCAAAUUCUUGCACGAUUCACCCUGCCAUGGCCAGCUCGUGACGGAGACAAGACACCCCUCAACAAGAAUCACCAAUCCUCAAGAGAACUGCGAUUUCGAGCUUGCGACAUUCUGCCGAGUAGCCGACCUUGAUUUCUCUCGACUGAUACCUCUCGACCCGCCACUCUCUCUUCCACCAUUUUCCGACCUCUAUUCGACCUCUCGAAAAAAUACUUCUCCUGCAGCCGAAGCAUCGCUCAAGAGAUUGUCGACCUUCGAACGACGAACCUCGAGCCCCCCCUCCGCGAGCCAACGAUCAACUUCCCCCGCUCCGAUGUGUUCGACUGCCGCACCUUUGCCCUUCUACAGCCUCCCUCUGUCUCCUGCACACCCCUUGUCGUGUAGACAGAGCUACUCUCAGCAAACCUCCUUCACAGCCACUCACUCGCAAAAAGUUUCCAGGUUCGAUCUCGGGGCAGGAGCUUCUCUGUACCGGGGCGGGCUUCGCACGCCGCCAACCGACGCCAUGAGUGCUACCUACCACGCCCCUCACCUUGUCUCCUACGACAGCCAUGUUCUUCCCUCAUACCCUUCCUCAGUUGCUCAGGCAAGAGGACCUAAGGCUGUCAUGGCCGAGGCUGCGAGAGGCCCUCAAUAUUCUCGGUAUCAACAACCCGCCAACACGUAUUCCCAACCCCCGCAACCGGUAACGAAUCCGGCCUCGGGCACUAGCCAAUACUCAACCACCUCUCGACACUCGACUCGCCCGUCAACACCGACUUCAGGUGCCAUUGGCAAGCCAGAUGACACUUCGUCACGUAAGGGCUCUUCGGCUCUCGUUCUGCACAGUCUGUCGAUACCGAGCUGCAUUAAUCCCAAGGGUGGUAACUUGGCCGACUUUGCCGCACAGAUUACGUGCCUCUUUUGGUUCGAGUCUAUGGACACCCUGCGAAUCGCUGAGAACAUCCGUUCUCGUCCAUCGACCGCCACCGUACCUCGCCUCACCGAGUAUGCGACCCCCUUCCCCCAGUUCAAGAAGUGGGCCUACAGCGUGCUCUCGACGACCCAAGUCACGCAAAACGUGAUUCUGUUGGCCCUGCUUUUCGUCUAUCGAUUGAAGACGACAAAUCCUUCCGUCAAAGGUCGGUCCGGUAGUGAGUAUCGUCUUUUGACGGUUGCCCUCAUGCUGGGCAAUAAGUUUUUGGAUGAUAACACCUACACGAACAAAACCUGGGCCGAAGUCUCCGGCAUUACCGUUCAAGAGAUCCAUGUGAUGGAGGUCGAGUUCCUCAGCAACAUGCGCUACAGCCUGCUGGCCACCAAAGAGGAGUGGGAGGAAUGGCUCGUAAAGCUAUCUUGCUUCUCGGAAUACUACGAGCGGGCGCAGAAGCAACCGACUUCACCUUUGAACAAGUCCUUCACCUCGCCGGUCCCAUCGCCCAUCGCCGCCGCACAGCCCGCAGUCUCUUUCCCGCCCCUCACGCCUUCUGCCGCAAACGUCUACUCACCGAGCACGAACGCGCAGAGCAACACGCAGGCUUGGCCCUCGACAUAUCAUCACAACCCUCAGGUGUCACCACUUUCUGGCAAGCACGUCCCGGGCAUGAACAUGAAUGCUCGUAAGAGAAGCUCAGAGGAAGAUGUGGCAGAGCCCCCGGCGAAGCGACUUAGCAGGCAGCCCAAUGCGAUGCCCCCUGUCGGUAGACCUAUGGCGGUCAACGAGCAGCCGAUGCGUCUGCCCGUACCGAACCUGACGCUGAAUACCAACCCCACACCAUCACAGGCACAAAUGUACCCGGCCCCGACGACCUACCCGGCGCAGCAACACGUCUCCUUGCCGCCCUUGAGCAACGGCGUUCGUGCCAUGGCAACAGUGUUCAACCCUGCCACGACAGUCUCGAUGCCGCAGCUGCCCAUGCCAGCCACGACCUCGAUACCGCAGGCCUCGCUUACGCCCUCGAAUGUACCGAUGCAUCCCAACAUGGGAUACGGCACUCCGACCAAGAGACACAGUCCAGGAAGUCUCUCUGUGUAUGCGUCUUCGCCUCUCGGGGAACAGUUCCCGACAUCUGUCAUGCACACCCCGAUCUCACAUACGCCCAUGUCACACUCGCCCAGCGUUUAUCUUCAACAGCGACCCAGCCCGUACAAGCCUAUUCGUCAUGUCAACACACUACUUUACCCUCCGCCGUCGGCUUCUCUCAACGAGUAUCAUCUGCCUACGACACAGAUGCACUACCAACCUCUCGGGCGGCGCAACGACCUGCGAACCGGCGUAGUUCCUGAAUUCAUGCAUGCGCCCUACAGAAUGAGCGCUCACAUGCCGCAUAUGCCCCAUGGCGGAGUUGUCUUUUUCUCUCUUUCCCUACUUUUGGGCUUUCGGGGCAACAAGGAGGUUAACAAGGCAAGAAAGAGCAAUGGUCCUUCGAGCUUACGCAUCAUCUGGUAG